GAUGAGUGUCCUGGUUGUCAUGUUGAUCGUAUGUUGGCAGCCUUUAUUCGCGACCGUUGCAACUAUCAUGAUGUCUUCAGCAUCACUUUCACAAAGUAUAGGUGAAGAGAAAAGAACUAUUCGCAUUCUCGCCUCAAAUCAAACACUCCACGGUGCCAGUAAAUGCGUUUCAUCUUUGACUUACAGGAGAAGGGAACAUCGAGACGAGUGAGACUGUAGAAAAAGUAAAUUGUUGUACUACUCGGUGUGCAGAUUUGUGUUGAAAACGACGAGUUCUAUGUAUGAUUCUCCUUUCCCUUUCGCAUUGUUCAUCUGCAGCGGUUGUAAAAUAAUGUCUUCUUGGAUUUGAAAAUCAAUAUUUGUGGUCUUGAUGAUUCCUGCAGGAACUAAUAAAGGAGAGACAUGAUCCAAGAAUCUCCAUUACAUGAUAAUGUUCUGGUUAUACUCAUCACCACGACCACUUCGAUGAUACAACUACUGCUCACUACCAAAAGACAAUAACUAAAAUCUUCUUUUCAACACUAAUAGACAGACUACGAAGUACUAACAUGAAUAUUGUUGUAAUCCUAAUCGUAAUUAUCAUGAUAAAUUGACCUAGACCUAGUAACCCUAAACGGGAUGAAUUGAUAUUGAAACAACACGAGCAUACAAAUCAUCUACUCAUGAUCCUUAAAAUAUGAAAUUCAAUUUUCAGCAACAGCAAGACUUCGUGGUCAACUUGCUAGUACGUGGUAGCGACCACCUCUAUUUGUAAGUGUAUUCUCUGCUAUCAUUCGGGCCAUUGCAGCACUCAAAUUAACGCCAACAGGGAAGGAACAAGAGAAAGAGUGGCUACAAGUACAACUACAAAACAACAUGUUCAGGAGAAAUUUGUGCGCAAAUAUAUGGAAGAACACAAUAAAGUUGCAAAAAUGUCUCCACGACCACGACCAGGACGACCAGCAUUGAUUUGAGCAUUGGCUUUACUACUACUUACCAUUUUCUCGCUCGUCUCCGCAGCAUGAAGUGGCAGACAUGAUUUCAAUUUUUCUGUGACCAAUACCUGAUUCUUUCACUCACAACUGCCACGAUAUCAACUUCAAUACCGAGGAUGGACACCUGAAUAAAUAAGAGCCUUCAGCAUCUCCUCCUGUUCUUGACUUACGAGUUUUAGCGCGCGACGUGGC